AUGGACAGCUCUCCCGCCUCGCCUUUGGCCCCCAGGGAUCCCAGCUCCCCUGAAUCUUCGAUCGGCGAACAAAUCGCCACUCUACAGGCCCAGCUUGCCGCUCUGCAGGCCUCGCAACCCGCCGCCGCCGCAGCCGCCGCACCCCCGGCCGUCACCGUCGUGCCGGGGAACGCCGCCACCGCAUCCAAGGUCGUGUUUCCCAAGCACGCUCGUCUGGACGGCCCCAAGUCGUUCACCAACUGGUUGCGUCAACUCCGUCUUGCACUCCCGAACCAGGUUCGUGGUUACGUUCUCGACGGUGUCGUUCCCCCGACCUGGACCGCCGACCAGCUUGCCGCACGUGACGACGCCGCCCGGGAAAUCAUCGUUGGCUCUAUCGACUCCGCCGACGUAUCGGCCACCCUCGACGCCAUCCCCAGCGACGACCUGUCGGCACCGCGCAUCUUUGCCGCUCUCAAGGCUCGUUUUGCACCGGACGACGCUACACGCACUCUCGAGUUGUUCGCUCGCCUUUGGGACUUCAGGAAGAUGCCUGCCUCCGUCGAGGCCUACGACACUUGGCUACGCGAGUACAUGUCGAUUGCUCAGGAAAUACGCGACGCCAAAACAUCGCUCAACGACGUGCUCGCCACCCACGUGCUCGCCAUGGUCCCGUCUUGCCUCGACAGCUUCCGACUCACGUUCACGGACGAGCAGCGAAACCGACGCGACCUUCCCGAACUCACGACGCUUACGGACCGCAUUCGCAUCCAGCUUCGUUCGGCAGGACUCUCGACCUCGCAUUCGGCCAUGCUUGCCACCAGCUCCCCCUGCCCCGCCUGCCGCGCUCCCGGUCACCGCCUGCGCGACUGCACUUCACGUGCGAAGCACCCGCCCACCGGCCCCUGCCGCCGAUGCCACAAGAAAGGUCACUGGGCACUCGACUGCAAGAACCGGGGUGAACAGGCACGUAGCAGCGACGACACCCAGGACGACACGUCUUCCUCCGCGGCCUCGCAACCGAACGUCGGCUAUUUCGCCUCCUGCCUCUUCGCUCGUCGCCAACUCCCAACUGACGCCUUUGUAGUCGAUUCGGGUGCCACGACACACAUGGUCGCCGACCGAUCUCUAUUCACGACUUAUCGUCAGACGGCACACACCAAGAUCGGCGGCAUCGCGGGCGGCAUCACGGCUAUCGGCAUGGGGGACGUGGCAUUCGUCGCCAAGACUGGACACCCGAUCACGCUCCGUGGUGUUCUUCACACGCCUGGCCUACACGUCAACCUCCUCUCUGUCUCUCGCCUCUGCGACACCGACCGCGUUCGUCUCGCCUUCACCAGCGACGGCAUCGACAUCGCCAAGGACGGCCGGGCCAUUGCUCACGGUACCAGGGUCAACGACGGUCUUUACCUUUUGGACGCGGAUCACACCAAGUGUCAGCAUCUGCCUUCCUCUCACGCUCUGAGUCUCCCGUGCCCCUGCUUACCCUACACCGCUGCCUCGGCCAUCUGCCCCAUCCUCUAUACAGAAGAUGAUUGCUGCAGGUUUGCUGGACGGGUUUGGGGCCGGGUACAGUGACAAAGACGUAGAGGAGUUUGUUUGCAAUGCUUGCCUUGGUUCCAAAGGUCACCGCCUUCCCUUUCCCGACUCUGAGUCGCAUUCCGCCGAGAGACUUGGCCUCGUGCACAGCGACGUCCUGUCGUUCCCCACUCCGUCCUUGACCGGGAAGCGCUACCUUGUCACGUUUCUAGACGACCACUCUCGCAAACUCUGGGCAUAUGCGAUCGAUCACAAAAGCGAUGUUUUCCCGACCUUCCAGACUUGGCUCGCCGAAGUGGAGUUAGAGACGAACGCGCGGUUGAGGAUCCUUCGAACCGACAAUGGCGGGGAGUACCGAUCAAACGCAUUCACGGAGUUCUGCAAAUCCAAGGGCAUUCGUCGUCAAUACUCUAUCCCUUACACGCCUCAACAAAACGGUCGCGCCGAACGUGUCAACCUCUCCAUCGUCGAGGGCGUCCUCGCUCUCCUUGCGGACGCCCGUCUGCCGGCCACCUUUUGGGAUGAAGCGGCUGCGUAUUUCGUUUAUUGCAAAAACAGGUGCUCACACUCAGCUUUGGCCAAACAGACUCCAGAAUCCGUUUGGAACGGCCAACGCACCACCGCCACCGCCCUCCACCCGUUCGGCUGCACAGCCUGGCUCACGGUCGCCCCGGACCUUCGCAGCAAGCUCGACCCCAAGGCGCGCGCGUGAUCUUCACAGGUUACGACCUCGCCUCCAAAGCUUUCCGUUCUUUGACCAUUCCAUCAACAAGAUUGUACUUGGUCGCAAUGCCACCUUCCUCGACGACGACUUCCCCGGCCUGCCAGUCACCACGCCCGUCGAUGCAGACGACACCGACCGUCAGUUCGUCGUUCCCGCCGACACGCCCGCCCCUGCCGUCAAGACGAGGACCCCACUAGUAAGGUCGGCGCACAUGGACGUCUCAUCCUCCCUUGAUGAUUCUGCCAUGAGCGCCGUUGACGUGGCCCAGGGUACACUGGCGGAACCUUACUUAAUUCCACAGAUACCGAAUCGUCCUCGUCACCGUCUCCUGAGCCGUCCUCGUCACCGUCGCCCACAAACCCUUUGUCACCGUCGCCUGCGCUGUCACCGUCGUUGCAGCGUCAUCGUCACCCUCGGUCUCACCGACCGACUCUGACUACUCCGCCGACCCUCUGGACCUCAUCGGCUCACAGACCCCGACUCGCCUUGGCCCACCGGACGUGCACCGCCCAGACUUCAGCACGUACCGUGAGCCCGCAUCGGCUGAGGAGUCGCCCGACGAACUCGACAUCAUUGGGCGUCACUCGCGCGAUGAAUCGCCGGAUGAAAUCGAUUUCCUCACCCAACACCACCGCGCCUUCAUCGCCACAGACGACGACGACCCCACCCUCGACGCCAUCGAGCCCGUCAAAUCGAUCACUAGCGACCCCCAGACCUGGCGCGAAGCAAUGUCCAGCGACGAGCACAACAUCUGGGCUGAGGCCGCCGCCGCCGAGUUCACCGCCAUGCGCGACGACUUCAAGGUGUUCACCAUCGAGCCUCGCUCAUCUGUACCGCCGGGCGCCACCAUCGUCACCUCCAAAUUCGUCUGGAAGACCAAGCGCAACGCAAGCGGUGAAGUCACGGGGCGGAAGGCACGUCUUGUAGCGCAGGGUAACCGACAGCGCGACGGCAUCGACUUCUCAGAAACCUUCGCACCCGUCGCCCGUUUCUCCUCCAUUCGCUGCCUCCUGGCUCUUGCCGCUGCCAAUGGCUACCACGUUCAUCAGGCCGACAUCGACAAGGCUUACCUCCACGGCGAGCUCGAUCAUGAUAUCUGGAUGACGACACCACGCGGUUUCGACUUCCCGAGCGAUAAGGUUCUCCGGCUGCGACGCUCAAUCUACGGUCUCAAGCAGGCCAGUCGCAUCUGGAAUCGUCACAUUGACACAUCACUCAGGAAUCUGGGGUACAAGGCAACAGGCACUGAUCACUGCAUUUACUCUCGCAUUGACGAUCAGCAGCGGCCUCACUAUAUCGCCUUGUAUGUCGACGACCUCCUCAUUGUCAGUCCAGCCCUCGACGAGAUCGAACGUGUCAUCUCCGGCCUUGAACAGCGGUACGGCGUCAAACGACUCGGCCCCGCGGAGUACAUCCUCGGAAUCCAAAUACGCCGCCUGGACGACGGUUCCAUUGCUCUAUCCCAGGAGCGCUACAUCAUGGACGUGCUGGCCCGUUUCCACUUCGACACCACGACACGCGCACUACGGUGCCGAUGACGCCCGGCCUCUCGCUCACGGCAAUUCCGGGUCAGGGAACGGAGCGCAUUCGUUCGUGGUACCUACAGGCCAUCGGCUCCCUCCUCUACAUCUCCCUUGGCACUCGACCCGACAUUGCCUUCGCCGUCUCGUACCUGUCCCGGUUCGCCAACAACCCCGGCCGCCGCCAUUGGAUUGCCGUCAAACACGUCCUUCGCUACCUUCGCGCCACGUACCGCGAUGAGCUUCUCUAUGCCCGCGGCCCAGCAAAAGUCACGGGUGUGGUUGGUUAUUCUGAUGCGAACUGGGGCGCCUGCGUCGACACAUCCAUUUCAACGAUGGGCUACGUAUUUUACUUGGCAGGCGCCGCUGUCUCUUGGUCGUCGAAGCGUCAGACUCGGGUAGCGGAUUCCACCACUGAUGCCGAGUACCUGGCCUUGUCGCACGCGGGUAAGGAAGCGAUCUACCUUAACCAACUCCUCUCCGAGCUCCACGUUUGCCCAAUCGCUGCAGCUCACAUCUUCACCGACAACGAGGCCGCGGCCGCCGUCGCUCACGACCCCGUUCGCACCUCCGGCACCCGGCACAUUCGCCUCCGCGAGCAUUUUGUCCGUGACAUGGUCAAUCGAGGUGAUAUCUCUCUCUCACACGUUGGCACAGCAGACAUGGUUGCGGACGUAUUCACCAAAGCGCUAGGCCCCAAGAUUUUUGGUACACAUUGCUAUGCUCUAGGCCUCCGGACGCGACAUCCACGGCUCAAGUCUACCUCGCGUUCGCGUGGGGGGGGUGUGAGGAAUCCACUCUCCGCUCGGCUCAGGACUUAGGCGCGCGGAGCGAACCGGGCGCGGACUUAGGCGCGCGGAGUGAGCCGGGCGCCCCGGCCCAGGACUUAGGCGCGCGAAGCGAGCCUGGGACUUAG